AUGCUCGGUGAUGCUCUUCGCAACAGGGCCGAGGUGAUUUGGUGUGCCAAACAUCGUGACUCCCGUGCCAGGUUGCCCGGUCCUGGACUGCACGGCUUUGUCGGGAUCGACGUGUGGUUCGAGCCUGCCCAAUGCUCUGUGGCCUGCGCUCGCGUCUGCGACGUCUCCGAGCAUGACGAAUCGUCAGCGUGCGUGCAGACAAGCCUGCGGGCCUGGGCCGAUAGCACCACUGAUAUUACCCCCGGAUCUUACGAUUGCUGGCCGCCUCAGGAGCCCGCCUCUGGCUUCCCAUCACCUGCGACUGCCCCUGAACCCCUGCGACUGCCCAGCAGAAUUCCGCCCUCCGACUGUGAUGACUGGGGCGGCCGGACUGGGGCCUGGCGUGGCACUUUGUGGCACGGCAUGGCAUGGCAGGGGUCGCCACGAGGUCCGCCCGGAGUUCCCGUCCUCCGAUCGGUGCGUGGACCAACAGUCAGCUCGGCCGGCCUGCUGCUCUUGGAGCAAUCGCCUCCGUCGACUGUACUUUGUCGCGUUGGUUGCUGGCCUGUUCGCCAGCUUCAAGUGCGCCUGGCCUAUCUGGGGGACUGGUUGCCAACCUUGGUCGAAGGCUCUCGCUCAUCGAAGGCGCGAAGCAAUCCUCUCUGCUGGAGCACCAGUGCCCAUACCGGUACUGCUGCGUCGCGCCUGCCGCAAAUGCUGGCAAGCCAGGCCUGGGUUGAAGGUACUUCUGUAGUGCGGAAACAGCCCUUGCUGGCUUCGCAAAAGGUGGGACACAGCAAUGUGGGAGGAAGCAAGGGUGUCUGCAGUGAUUGUCCCUUGAUCGAACCAUUCGUGGACCCACUGGGCACAUCUGCACCUGCCCAGGCUCCUGCUGCUAGCCAGAGAGGAGAGAGCCAGACGUACUCUCGUACGCAGAACCUUCACCCCCUUCUCCGCAGAUGUUUGCUCGCUGGACAGCCCAUCGACAAGGUUGUGCUUCGGGCCCAAGUUUACAAGACGACGGGUACGGCAAUGUCGCAGCCUCAGCAUGACGGUGGCAAGCUCCCAGCCGCAUCGGUCGCUCGCGUUUUCACCGCCAUGCGUUGUUGUCCAUAUCCUCUAUCUCAUACGCCUGCUUACGACAUUGAAACAGAUGUGCGUGCCCUUCACGGCCUCCUCAGCCCAGAUGACUGACAAGCCUGCAACACCACGUGGGUCGCAGCCCUGUUUCGCCUCGACAGGCAUCCAUGGUCGGUAGGAACGAGGCCUAGCCGCCGUGCCGCAUUCCCCAAUCUGCAGGGAUCUGAUCCGGUUAAGUUCUUCUAGAACUUCUGGAAGCCCAGAGCAUGGGCAGGUACCCCAGUGCAGGAG